AUGAGCGCCUUUUCUCACUUGAUCAGUUUCGAAUCCCCCGACGGCGAACAGUUCUUCGCCAAUUUAGGAAAUACAUCCCCCAAUAUUCCAUCACAAGGUUCUUCCCUUGCCGCUUACCGAUCUUUUGAAGACCUGCAAGAGGGUAAAGAUCAAGUGACUGCCAUAUUUCAGAAUCUUCUACCUCCCCUUCCCCGAAACAAUCUCCCCAUCUACUGUGUCGGACUAAACUUCAAAAGCCAUGCAGAAGAGGCAAGCCUCAAUAUACCAAAAUAUCCACCUCUCUGGUCCAAGCCUGCUGGCGCUCUUGCUGCACCAGAAGAGGAUAUUCCAAUGAGUAAAGGCUGCGCUUCGGGCUUUCCAGAUUGGGAGGGCGAACUUGUUUUCGUGACCUCAAAAGAGUGUCGCGACGUCUCCCCUGAGGAGGCAGAGUCAAUUAUCCUCGGCUAUACCGCAGGCAAUGAUCUGACCUGUCGUUUUUUCCAGCUGCGUGAAAAUAGUGGUGGCCAAUUUUUCUACGCCAAGGCAUUUGACAAAUUCGCGCCCAUAGGACCGGUCUUGACCAGCGCGGAUGAUUUCGCGAAGGGCGAGAGAAUCAAGCUGAUAACGCGCGUCAACGGACAGGUUGUGCAGAAUGCGGACCUGAAGGAGGACAUGAUUAGCUCGCCCGCUAAAAUCUUGAGUUUCAUGAGCCAAGGCACCACCAUCCCUGCUUUUACGGCGGUCAUGACGGGAACUCCUAAGGGAGUGGGCUAUUUCAGGAAGCCUAAGCAGCCUUUGAACCAUGAAGACAUUGUAGAGGUUGAAAUCACAAACAUUGGUGUCCUGAAGAAUCGCAUUCUGUUUCCCGAAGGGAAGUAG